AGGUCCUACUAGAAGUCCAUCAUGUCCUUCGGCAGAGACAUGGAACUGGAGCACUUUGACGAGCGGGACAAGGCGCAGAGGUACAGUCGAGGCUCGCGGGUGAAUGGCCUGCCAAGCCCAACACACAGUGCCCACUGCAGCUUCUACCGCACCCGCACGCUGCAGACGCUCAGCUCCGAGAAGAAGGCCAAGAAAGUUCGUUUCUAUCGGAAUGGAGACCGAUACUUCAAAGGGAUUGUGUACGCCAUCUCCCCAGACCGCUUCCGCUCGUUCGAGGCCCUGCUGGCGGACCUGACCCGAACUCUGUCGGAUAACGUGAACUUGCCGCAGGGAGUGAGGACCAUCUACACCAUCGAUGGGCUUAGGAAGAUCUCCAGCCUGGACCAGCUGGUGGAAGGAGAGAGUUAUGUGUGUGGCUCAAUAGAGCCCUUCAAGAAACUGGAGUACACCAAGAACGUGAACCCCAACUGGUCGGUGAACGUCAAGACCACCUCGGCUUCUCGGGCGGUGUCUUCGCUGGCCACUGCCAAGGGGAGCCCUUCAGAGGUGCGUGAGAAUAAGGAUUUCAUUCGGCCCAAGCUGGUCACCAUCAUCAGAAGUGGGGUGAAGCCACGAAAAGCUGUCAGGAUUCUGCUGAACAAGAAAACGGCUCAUUCCUUUGAGCAGGUUCUUACCGAUAUCACUGAUGCCAUCAAACUGGACUCGGGGGUGGUGAAACGCCUGUACACCUUGGAUGGGAAACAGGUGAUGUGCCUUCAGGACUUUUUUGGCGACGAUGACAUUUUUAUUGCAUGUGGACCGGAGAAGUUCCGUUACCAGGAUGAUUUCUUGCUAGAUGAAAGUGAAUGUCGAGUGGUGAAGUCUACUUCUUAUACCAAAAUAGCCUCAUCAUCACGCAGGAGCACCACCAAGAGCCCGGGACCCUCCAGGCGCAGCAAAUCCCCCGCCUCUACCAGCUCAGUUAAUGGAACCCCUGGUAGUCAGCUCUCUACUCCACGCUCAGGCAAAUCGCCAAGCCCAUCACCCACCAGCCCCGGAAGCCUGCGGAAGCAGAGGAGCUCUCAGCAUGGCGGUUCCUCGACUUCACUUGCAUCCACCAAAGUCUGCAGCUCUAUGGACGAGAACGAUGGCCCUGGAGAAGAAGUGUCGGAGGAAGGCUUCCAGAUUCCAGCCACAAUCACAGAACGAUAUAAAGUCGGAAGAACAAUAGGAGAUGGAAAUUUUGCUGUUGUCAAGGAAUGUGUAGAAAGGUCAACUGCUAGGGAGUAUGCUCUGAAAAUCAUCAAGAAAAGCAAAUGUCGAGGCAAAGAACACAUGAUCCAGAAUGAGGUGUCUAUUCUAAGAAGAGUGAAACACCCCAACAUCGUUCUUCUGAUCGAGGAGAUGGAUGUUCCAACGGAACUGUAUCUUGUCAUGGAAUUAGUAAAGGGCGGAGACCUCUUCGAUGCCAUCACUUCCACGAACAAGUACACUGAGCGGGAUGCUAGUGGGAUGCUGUACAACCUGGCCAGCGCCAUCAAGUACCUGCACAGCCUCAACAUCGUGCACCGCGACAUCAAGCCGGAGAACCUGCUGGUGUACGAGCACCAAGAUGGCAGCAAAUCGCUGAAGCUGGGUGACUUUGGACUGGCCACCAUUGUAGACGGUCCCCUGUAUACAGUCUGUGGCACCCCGACGUAUGUGGCUCCAGAAAUCAUUGCAGAGACCGGAUAUGGCCUCAAGGUGGACAUCUGGGCAGCUGGUGUAAUCACUUACAUCCUGCUGUGUGGUUUCCCUCCAUUCCGUGGAAGUGGGGAUGACCAGGAGGUGCUUUUUGAUCAGAUUUUGAUGGGGCAAGUGGACUUCCCUUCUCCAUACUGGGAUAAUGUUUCCGAUUCUGCAAAGGAGCUCAUCACCAUGAUGCUGUUGGUCGAUGUCGAUCAGCGAUUUUCAGCUAUGCAGGUCCUCGAACACCCUUGGGUUAACGAUGAUGGCCUCCCAGAAAAUGAACAUCAACUGUCAGUAGCUGGAAAGAUAAAGAAGCAUUUCAACACAGGCCCCAAGCCGAACAGCACAGCAGCAGGAGUUUCUGUCAUAGCACUGGACCACGGGUUUACCAUCAAGAGAUCAGGGUCUUUGGACUACUACCAGCAACCAGGAAUGUAUUGGAUAAGACCACCGCUCUUGAUAAGGAGAGGCAGGUUUUCCGACGAAGACGCAACCAGGAUGUGAGGAGCAGGUCCAAGGCACAGCCCACUCCCCCGGAACUCAACUCGGAAUCGGAAGACUAUUCCCCAAGCUCUUCCGAGACUGUUCGCUCCCCCAACUCGCCGUUUUAAUAAGACCCUUUUACUCAAAGUCCUAGCUUAACCCUUUGAGACUCUGAGAUGUUUUCCCCCCAAAAUGUAUGUAAAGCAGUUUCAUCUGAUCUAUCUAGCGCUCAAUGCUUGAAUGACAGAAUGGAAAGCGUGUUUUCAGGUAUCUCUGUAGCGAUUUCCCUCUACCCAAUGAGAUAACACGUGGUGUUCGUGAAGAUGGUGAUUUGCUGCUAAUAGAGUCCUCAAAGGGUUAAGGCUAAUUUGCAAUUUUUUUAAACAUAGAAGCAACGAAUGUUUUCAUCAGUCAAGCUAGGAUCUUCAGUAUGUAAUAUAGCACAUGUUAACCCUCUGAGUGCAUAGAAUUGUAUUGAGAACCCGUUGGAGACUUUUUCAGGCCUUUGGAUGUGUCUGCAUGUUUCUUGAUUUUGCUGCAGAUCAAGGGGUGUCAUUAGCUGCUGAAAUGUCCAGGCAAGAAAGACAUCUAGAACGAUACUUUGCUUGCCCAUUCCUGUGGGUUUAGAAUGUAGCAGGCUUAUAACUUCAGCAAACACACACCUCUUUCUUUUCACAAUCCUAUUAAGAAAGAGAAUUUUUUUUUUCGUUAGAGAUGUGACUCUCAGCGCAGUGAGUCCUGAAUCCCAGGUGGAGGGAAUUGGGUUUGUGGCAAACAGCUUGACUCAAGAAAUAGGUGGUGUCCCCUACAAAUAGUCUCCAUAUAAAGAUGUACCAAUGAUGCCCCAGAAAUGCUGCUUUCACAUCAGCUGCUGCUAGUGCCAGCAUAGACCCUCAGGGAGUCACCAAGGCUUGUCUUGUGCUUGAGGAGUGAGGGUCUGUCUGCUCAGUGUCAGACAUCUACAGAAAAGCAAACAACUGGUAGAAAAGAGCAAUACAUUGUCCGGUGCUCUACAGGGCUGGAAUUUCCAACAGAAAGAGGAAGCAAGAUCCCAGACUUUUUCUCACCAACUUCUUCACGCACUGUGGUCAUCAGUGUACAAUCCAUAUACAGUGUGAAUUUAUGCAUAGGAGAGCUGGGACGCUAGGGAACCGAGGAAAAUACUUCGCAAGGGGACUAAAGAGAAAGCACAUGAACACACAGUGCAGAAUGUUCUACCAGUGGGCUGUGAGGGAAUAGACCACUGGCAACACAAUUCCAUGUGCACGUGUAGGUUACCUAGCUAGUCUCCCAGGAAGAACAAGAUUAAAGACUUUAAUGAUACCCCUGAGGAAGUUUUGUUCCCUAAGAUGAUUGCUGUAUACCACCGUUUUUAGCUUUCCAAGGAGUCUUUUUUUUUUUUCUUUAGGACAAGUCCUGGCUGAGACCUAUAUUUGCACUCCUGUUACCAAAUCUAUCUCCCUCUCCCAGUGUCUUCAGGCCUGAGUUUCUUCUGGAAUGUACCACAUUUCAGAAUGGGGCCUGGCUUCUGUACGUGACUACAGUACUCAGAGAGGACCAUCCCAGGGCGUCUUAGAGGCAGGGGCCCAACUUACCUGUGCUCCUAAGAUUUGCUCAGCUCUGGGACCCAGGAGCUAGCCAAGGAAUGAUGUCUCAUGAAAUUUGCAUCUUGAUGGCUGAACGGUCCUCAGUCCCUCUGGUCUGAAAAUACUUUGCUAUCUGAGAGUCUUGAAAUUUCCGAAUGACCUUUAUUUCUAUAUAGUCAGUUUUUAAAUUUUCAAGUGCACAUGAUUCUUCAAUUGCUGCUUUUUUACCCUUCAACCCUUAAACUAUGGUCUACGUUAAUAACAGAUUUUUAAAAUCACAAUGUGUUCUUACCUUUACAACAAAGCCUCUCAAAUGUUUGGCUCUUCCACAUGUAGAUUUAUCUCUGUGGUCUGUGUUGUCCUGACAUGUAAACAGUUUAUCUUUUAUGGAGAAUUUUUUUUUCUCCCUUUUAGAGCAUCCUGAAGUGAUAACACACAAAAUCCCCAAGUAGCAUAAUUCAGUAAAUUAGUUGAGUUGUUUUUUAAGGGGAGCAGGGGAUCGGGGCACAGAACACUGGGAAGGGCAUGGGUGGGUAUGUAGGUGGAUUCCAUAGUGGUAAAGGACACUGAACCAGUCAAAAAGUACUGCUUUCUCUAGAACUGUAAAGCAAAGCACAAUUCCAAAGCUACGAGAUAGCUCUCCAGCUUGGCCUCAGCUCUAAAUGCGUGAAGAAUCCCAUGGGCAGAGACCCACCUGCAGUAGGCGGUCAUUUUCCUUCCUCUGAAUUCCUGUUUUUUCCUUUGGGUAUUAAAUGUAUUGCUUUUGCAUCUAGUGUACUGAACUCACAGUGCACGACUCAGGCCUUUUCCCAUCGAUGUCUAAGGGGACUCUGGACCACCCUGUGAAGCUGGGAAGUCUUUCUCAGCACACCGCAGAGCAGCUCAGAAGAAUGCAGGGCCCAUUCAGCAUGGGAAUCCCAGCGCAUCCCUGUAGAUUUCCAGUGAUCUAGGCUGAAUAAACAGUGGAAUGUGACCGGUCAAGUAGAAAUAUCGAGGAAUCAGUUGGAAUGCCAUGUUUCCAACAUUAAGCUACCAAGAUCCUGAAUGUCAGAGUUGUAGUCAGAGGGUUAACAGGCAAGCACAAGGCAUGCUGAUGACAUUGGUAUAUCCAGAUUGCUUUGCUUUUAGCCAGUACUUUCUAAUUUUUUUUCUCGACAUUCUUGGGAUAGUUCAAGUUUGAAAUAAUCAAGUGGUGGUGUUCUUUAAGGAAUUUCUAUAACCAAAUUGAUCUUAUUUUUUAUUUCACUAAUCAUAGAACAAAUAUGUACCAUGAUUGCCGUGUAGCUCUGUAAUUAUCAAUUUAAUCAUCACCACAAGUGUUUUCAUAUUUUUUUCCUCGAGUAUUUAAUAUAGCUCUAAUGGUGGUGGCCUGGUGUUGGGGACAGUCUUUCCUUUACCAACACAUGACUGACCAUACGGUAUUUUCAAGGGAACUUUAAGAUUCAUCUUUUUCAGUUUGAUAGUAGACUAGUUAAGGAAGAACUCCUCCAUUAUUUGCAUCGUGUAAAUCAUCUCUGUAGAUAUGUGUUCAUAUCAACGGACACGAUUUUUCUUGACAUUGUAGCAGAAAUCAUUUUAUUCGUCAUGAUCAAUGAAUAUGUGGUUUGUUCCAGAUGGUUAGAAGGAAAAGUAAGAUUUCAGUCAUUGAAGAUGUUUUCACCGUAGCCCUCAUCUAACUUACACGUGGUGCAUAUUAAAAAUAAGCAGAGAAAAAAUAUGUGAAUAAACUGCUGGAAACACUUGGUGUUUUGUAUUCAAUGAGACCUUCCUGCAACCUGUUCAGCACCCCCAUGGGUGGUGGUUAACAGGCCCGUCAGAUAUUGUUGAAAGAAAGCAAUCUAUCCAUGAAUGAAGGCUAAAAUGGCAAUCUUUUACCCUUUGAGGCACAUUUCAGUGGAAAACAAAAGGAAAGAAAAAUUGGCUUAGAGGGUCAUGGAGCUACCGUGUGACCAAGUCACGAGCACAUUAAAUCACAGUUGUUUACUGGCCAAAGGCGUCCACUAGACAACUCUAUCCCUCGUUGUAGCUCGAUUGUGCGGAGGGAGAGCUUUCUUAAUAUUACUGUGUCGCCCCUAGCCCUUCUCCGGGUAAGGAUCUGUCAGCAUUUCCAUGAUAAACUCCUAUUCUCAAAGGUUUUUAAUUUGACCAUAAAAAUGUGCCCUAGGCUGACAUUGGCUACACAGGGCCUGUACCGGAGUGAAGGUUCUCUCCUUCUCUUCUCAACUCUUCCCCCACACACUCUCGAGAAAAGAACAACAACAACAAAAAAUCUGAUUUGACCUCUCCUUAAUUGUGAUUUUAGAAUUUUGGAAAGCAUCAAUAUCCAAGAUGGUAGACCUAACAGAAUUAUUCAUUUGGAUGCAGGUUUGUGUGUUUUUCUAAUUUAAUGGGUGCAUCUGACACAUAUUGUAGAUAACAUAUCUUUUCUAUAAUCUGUAAGUCAUUAAUUUUUAAGCUGCUACAUGAUACUUUUGUGUGUGUCCAAAGAUUUUAAAAAACAAACUUGAAGUGGUCCGUUCAUAAGUCCGUCUUUCCCAUGUGUCAUCUGCCAUUUCCAUCGGGAUUUUGGAGAAAGUACUCCCAAACGGACUCUCACUUUGCAUACAGUUUGGAGGGUCAGAUAGGGACUUCUUUUGGAGAGAUAGAUGUUCUUAUUAAAUCAUCAUUAAUAAGUCAUUCUAGUCUGUUGAGGAAAACAAGUGAUUAGAAGCACUUCCAAAAUUAACAUUUGUGUUAAAUCAGAUAUAAUGAGAAGAGCAGAAAGUUAUACACUUCUUUUUUUUUUGCAUAAAGGAAUAAAUCCAUGAAACUUGAGGACACGCUAAACAUCUGAUAAUUGCAAAUGUGCUCUAAAGAUUGGCUCAAUGGUGCUUAUACAUAAAACAGUAAUAAAUGGGGUCUCUGGGACCAUCAGAAAGAAUCUUUGGAUUGUAUGUAAUUACAUCCUGGAGAAGGAGGUGCAUUUAAGCUAGUCUUUUAUUUUUUAAUCAUCUCAAAUAUGCAACCAUUCAUGCAGUGACAGUAAGUGUCGUCAACUGGUGGGAGGCAGGAAAUUCAAUGGAGAAACUUCGCAUGCCUCUGGUUAGAGCGUUUGUUUUGUGAUGGUUCAGCUUCAAUACUGAGGCUGAGGGUUUUCAUUUUUCAGUGAGCAAGCUUCUAGCUGACAGGUGUUUUGAUCAUGAGGUUUACAAUACCUUGCCCAUGGAGACAAAUGAGAGUUUCACCCCCUACCCCCUAAACCCUCCAGAAGGAAGAGCAAUCUGUAAAAUUAAAUCAUACCUGUAAAUUUCCUCAACAUUCAUUUUUGGUCAACUAAAUUGAGACCCUUAAUGUUGCUUUAAUGUAAAAUUGUAUAUUUUUGUCUGUGAUAUACUUUAAUUAAUUUUAAGUAAGUCAUAGUUCUAAAGCUUCACUGUUAUUCCUAAGAAAGUUGAAUUUUGGAAGUAAUGAUAGAGAUGCUAUAAUGUCAAUUCAUUCCAAUCCAAUCAAAUGUGGCAAGAAAAAGUCCUUGAAUAGUUCUCUAGGGACAAUUUCUCACUUGCCAUUGACAUUAAUCUUUUGUGUAUUCUCAGAAAAAAUAAAAAGAAAUUGAAACUGGUCCAAGGUUAUAGUCAUAGCCUCGAUAACUUUUAUAAAAAUUUUAUUAGAAAAUUAAUAAUAGCCUUUUUCAUUCUAGCUGAAAGAGAAUUAUUAAAGGAUUAGUUGAGUGUGAAAUUAAAUAGUAUUUUGCUCAUGCAUACUAAAAAGGUGGGCUAGGAACCUGAUGCAUUUAAAACAAGUUUCUGAAAGGUUUCAAUUUGGUGAGAGAAAAAAAAUUCAAUGUUUCCUUUGAAAAUACUGAAUUUAUCACUUGCUGCAUGGAUCAGAUGGCAUAGGUUAAUCUUUGAUUUUCAGAAUCCUAAUGAAAUAACUUUUGAACGAUUUGUAUCCAUGAUUAAAGGUGGAAUGAGAUCCAAUUUUGUCCCCUAAUCCUUCAGUUUAAGCUAAUAAAUGUAGGUUAAUGUGGAAUGAAAUCAUUUGUGAUAUAUUAUUAUGUUCAUUUAUCAACUGAGCUUUUUUGAUGUUGCCUGUUUUUAUGUAAAACAUGUUCUUAAAGUUAAUAAAAUAAUAGUACUUGGUGUAUGAACUAC